CGAUUUAGAUUUUAUUUGUCAACGCAGAAAAUAUGAGUUGAUGAUCCUUAUUUAAAAUUUGUUAAUUACGGUCGAAAUAAAUGAGGUAUUAACGAAAAGAUAUUGGCGUGAACGAUUUGAUAAUUAGUCAUGCCAGGUUUAGAAGAAAGUAUAUCACGCGAUACUAGUUCACGCAUGCACAGCCUAAUGUCCGAUGGAAUCGCCUCCGAACAAGUAAAAAAGUUUUUGUUCACUUCAAGGAAAACUCAAGAUAAUAUACAGUGUAACGAAAGUUUAGAGAUUUAUAUUCCAGAGUUACUUCAAGCCAACUAUAGUUUUUAUACAUGGCCUUCUGCACCAGUGUUAGCUUGGUUUCUUUGGGAACAUAAAGAAGAACUUAUCGGAAAAAGAGUUUUGGAGCUUGGAUCAGGCACAGCCCUACCAGGAAUUUUAGCCAGUAAAUGUGGUGCCACCGUUAUUUUAAGUGACUCUGCUAGUUUUCCUAGAAGUUUACAACAUAUAAGAAGAAGUUGUGAAUUAAAUGGUAUUUUAUCUCAAGUUCAAAUUAUUGGUAUUACAUGGGGAUUAUUUCUGUCUAGCUUGUUUUCCAUUGGACCAUUAGAUUUAAUCCUUGGAUCUGAUUGUUUUUAUGAACCAGCAUUAUUUGAAGACAUAGUUGUUACAGUAGCAUUUUUAUUAGAAAGAAAUCCGAAUGCAAAAUUUCUUUGUACCUACCAAGAAAGAAGUGCAGACUGGUCUAUAGAACACUUGUUAAAUAAAUGGAAUCUUACAUGUACUCAUAUAUCAUUGGCUGGUCUUGGUACUGAUUCUGAUAUAAAUAUACAUGAUUUGAUGCAAGAUCAUACUAUUCACUUAUUGAGUAUACAACGUGCAACUUAAGAGACUUUUGUCAUGAAUAGUA